CAGACGGCGCGUCAAGCAUCGAGAAAUGUGCCCGUCGAGGCUGGUGGCCGCUCUCAGGUUUCUCUCUGAUAUCUAUUUCGUUUUUAGUUUAUUUACGUAUGUAAAGUGUAAGGAAAUUCGGUUAAGAGAUAAGUUUUAUGCUAUAAAGUGUUUAUAAUUUGUAAAAUUGUGGAUAUUGUGACCUAUCUAUUGAAGAAAAUCUGUAAAAAGAAGGAAUCUACCAAACGAAAUGAACGCACCUCCAACCUUUGAAUCGUUCUUGCUAUAUGAAGGAGAAAAAAAGAUAAUAAAAGAACAAGAUACUAAAGUGCCAAAUGCUGCCAUUUUUACAAUCAAUAAAGAGGAUCAUACUUUAGGAAACAUGAUUCGCAAUCAAUUGUUAAAGGAUCCUCAAGUAUUAUUUGCUGGAUAUAAAGUCCCGCAUCCACUGGAACAUAAGUUUGUUAUUAGAAUACAAACGACAUCAGAUUAUACGCCACAUGAAGCUUUUAUGCAUGCCAUCACUGAUUUAAUUGCAGAACUUUCAUUGUUUGAGGAACGUUUUAAGGAGGCAAUCAAAGAGAAGAAGGAAGGGUUAGAUUAAAUAAAUUGAAGAUGUAUCUAUACAUAGUUUAUUAAACUUUUUUUAAUUUAAUAUUUAGUGUUCUUUAAAACCUUAAAAUAUGUUCAUUAAAUAUGACACAUACGCUUUGUAAAUAAUUAACU